AUGUCCAACUUUGGGGAGUACCCGCCGAAUAUGCCGUCUCAGGACGCCCUCAUAUUACGCGAAGAGGACGGUCCGGCGCACGAGGUGGUCAAGUACUCCGGCCAGGAGCUCACGCGCCCCAAGCUGGGCCCCCAGAAUCCAUUCAAGGACGAACAGAACGCCCUCAAGCGCAAGAACGUUCUGACGGGAACGGCCGAGGAGACUUACGUCAGUGAGCAUACCUUCCGGAGCAAACAUCGUGCCGUCGAGGGCAGAGGCGGUCCCGAGAGGGAGUUCCAAACGGGCGCCCAGAUCAAAGACGAGGCCAAGAGGAUACGCGCCGCUCGCGAGGAGAAGGGAGAUGCCACCAUUGUGGACGGACCGGGGGAGUAUGUUGGUCCCUGGGCAAAGUACAAGAGGGAGGAAUACGAAGAGGUCGGAGAGGACGAGGAGCUUCGCAGCGACGAGGAAUACACAGAAGUCUCCGAAGACGAAGUCAUCGAGAGUGGCACAGUCUUGUCGGCGCCGGCCCAAGCCGUGGCGAGGAGAAGGGAGGUCGAAGAGCUUGGCGAGGAGACGACGACUUAUCACGGCGAAUCAUUACACGAUUACCAGGGCCGGACAUACAUGCAUGUCCCCCAGGACCUGAACAUCAACUUGCGCAAGGAACUUGGCAGCAUCACGAACUACUACGCCAAGAAGGUCAUACAUACGUGGAAGGAACAUGGCGACAAGGCCGUCACCGGACUCCGCUUCUUCCCCAACUCCGGCCAUCUUCUGCUCUCUGGAGGCGCAGACACAACAGUCAAGAUUUUCGACGUUUACCACAAGAGGGAGCUAUUGCGUACCUAUUCCGGUCACACGAAGGCCGUGUCGGAUAUCUGCUUCAACGAGUCGGGCACACAGUUCCUCAGUGCAAGUUUCGAUCGCAUGAUGAAACUUUGGGACACAGAAACCGGCCAGUGUAUCAACAAGUUCACGACUGGAAAGACACCACAUGUUGUCCGAUUUAACCCAUCGCCAGAGCAUUCACAUGAGUUUUUGGCCGGCAUGUCUGACAAGAAAAUCGUGCAGUUUGACACUCGUACCAAGGAGGUUGUUCAAGAAUACGACCAUCAUCUCAAUGCUAUCAACACAAUCGUCUUCGUGGACGACAACCGUCGAUUCAUGACCACUUCAGACGACAAGUCUCUGCGUGCCUGGGACUACAACAUUCCAGUUCCCAUCAAGUACAUUGCCGAGCCCUACAUGUACCCGAUGACGCGUGCUGCCAAACAUCCUUCUGGCAAAUAUGUCGCGUACCAGUCCAGCGAUAACCAGAUCGUCGUAUUUGGAGCGGUAGACAAGUUCCGUAGACAGAACCGCAAGAAGAGCUAUCGCGGCCAUAACAAUGCCGGCACCGGAAUUGAUAUCGACAUUAGUUACGAUGGCCAGUUUCUUGCAAGCGGUGAUUCUGCCGGCUUUGUAUGUUUCUGGGACUGGAAGAGCUGUAAAAUGCGCCACAAGAUGCAGAUCAGUGACCAGGCAAUCACCUGCGUGCAGUGGCACCCUCAGGAGACGAGCAAGGUGGCGGUCGCCGGCAUGGACGGCAACAUCAAAUACUUGGACUAG